AUGGGAGGCUACUACUACACUGGCUGUGUCGUAUGUGGCAUUGAAGCCGGGCUUAGCUCCUGUCAAUCGAUUUGUGCUCAUUACAGGCAUUUGAAGGAGUCGGGUCCAGGAGCCCAGCUGCUUUGGCUCGAUGCAGACGAAAUGGAAAGAACGUAUCGCUUCCGGGAGAAGAGAGACUGGAUGGAUACUUUACGUCUAAUCUAUUUUGAUCGAUCGAGCCAGGCGUACCGACUAUCCGGUAUUGCACAUCUUGCAGAUCCCAAAAAGACCUACUUUAAGGUUCCGAUCGACAGGAACCAAGCAUGCAUUGGCUUAGCCAAUCGAGACCCAUCCGGUCUCGUCAGGUACCACCCUCAGAAUGUCGCUUUGUGGUCCGAGUCAUUGGCUAAGCCGGUGGACUGGCGUGAAUUCGCCUUUGCGGUUCAUGCCUCAUGUUGGUCAUUGACCCUGAGAAUUGUUGAUCCGGACGCGGAGGAUCAUCUCCAUACCAUCCUUGCCGUCUCAUUAAAGAGGAUGACGGAGCUCCACACCGAGGAGUUUCGGGUUCUGGAUUCAUUGAACAAGAAGCGACGCGCACAGGGUACGGGUAGCCGGCAUAUCCGGGACUAA